CCCCUCGGUACCCGCCCCUUCCGCCUGCUCUGUGCGCGCCCGCGUGUCUGCAGGCAAAGGUACUCCCGGCGUGUAUGUUAACUCCUGGAUUUGGCUGCCGAACGGGCUAGAUGGCAUCGGAGGAGUUGCCGAGAGCGAGGUGGCAGUACUGCGGAGAGCCCGACGAGAACCAGAGAGCUGUGCUGGUCCAGUUCUCCAAUGGGAGGCUGCAAAAUCCAGGCAACAUGCGCUUUACCUUGUACAAGAACAACGACUCCACCAACCCCAGGAAGAGGACUCAGCGUAUCCUGGCAGCUGAAACAGACAGACUUUCCUACGUGGGGAACAACUUUGGGGCUGGAGCCCUCAAAUGCAACACUCUGUGCAGGCACUUUGUGGGAAUUCUGAAUAAAACCUCUGGCCAAAUGGAAGUGUACGACGCUGAAUUGUUCAGCAUGCAGCCACUGUUCUCAGAUGAGUUAACUGAGAAUGAGUUGACAGUGGCAAGUCAGACCAAAACUUUCAGAGAAAAAAUGGACUCGUGCAUUGAAGCCUUCGGUACCACCAAACAGAAGCGGGCCCUGAACUCGAGGAGAAUGAACAGUGUUGGCAGCGAAUCUUUGAAUCGUGCAGUAGCUAAAGCUGCAGAGGCCAUCAUUGAUACAAAGGGCGUGACUGCUCUGGUCAGUGAUGCGAUUCAUGAUGACUUGCAAGAUGACUCCGUCUACCUUCCUCCUUGCCACGCUGAUGCAGACAAGCCCGAGGAUGUGUAUAGGUUUGAAGACAUUCUUUUCCCGGCGGAGUAUGAUGCUCUUCAGAGUCCAUCUGAAGCUUUCCGGAAUGUCACGCCAGAAGAAAUACUGAAGAUGACCGAAGAAAAUAGCCACUGCUGCUUUGUCAUAGAAGCAUUGAAGUCUCUGCCAUCAGAUGUGGAGAGUCGAGACCGCCAGGCCCGAUGCAUAUGGUUUCUGGAUACCCUCAUCAAAUUCCGAGCACAGAAAGUGAUUAAGCGGAAAAGUGCCCUGGGGCCUGAAGUUCCACACAUAAUCAACACGAAACUGCUGAAGCACUUUACCUGCCUGACUUACAACAAUGGCAGCUUACGGAAUUUAAUUUCGGGUUCUAUGAAGGCAAAGAUUACCGCGUACAUAGUCAUACUCGCUUUGCAUAUAAAUGACUUCCAGAUUGACUUGACGGUGUUACAGAGGGACUUGAAGCUCAGUGAGAAAAGGAUGCUUGAGAUAGCAAGAGCCAUGAGACUAAAGAUUUCUAAAAGGAGAGUGUCCCGGGCCGUUGGCGUGGAGGAGGAUCACAGACUGGGCACUCUAGUCACCCCACUGCCUCUGGCACAGACCACAGAGCGCCAGCCUAAGAGGAGGAGAAUCACCUAGAGCUUUUCAGACAUCACUUUGGGCCAUAUUGUAAUGAUGGCCCUCAUCCCCUUCCAUUCUAUUUGUAAAAGUUGAGAAGAGAAGCCUUGCACUGAUACGGGUGUGAGCCGGAAUUCAGCAUCUCUGGCAUACUUGUCAGGAGCAGACCCAGGAAAUGGACUGUACUGCCCUCCUGCAGUGCUGCUGUUAAUAGAGACGAGACGCGUUUCUGCUCUUGGUUCACAUGUGGGGCUGUGGGAGGCUGAUGCCUGUGGAAAUGAGGUAAAAAAAGAAAUCUCACCAGACUGAUGCAAGUGGAUAAAGGCUAAUAAAAAGAA